AUGAAUGCAUUACGUUCGAUCGUGUAUGAAAGCGGCGGGUUCAGGUCGCAGAACAUAAAGGCCAUCCCCCUGACCACGGAGGUGUUGGUGAAGUACCUACUGAACCUGGCCGAUCGUGGUUGCGGGCCCACAGUGAUCCCCUCCGUUCGGGGGGCUGUGAAGUGGAUCUGCAAGAGGAUCGGGAUGCAGGGGCCGGAUCUUCUCGACGCUCGUAUUAUGGCCCUACAGAAGAGGGUGUACGGCGAUCGUGGAAAGGAGACGCGCGAGGCGGUCCCGAUCCCUUUGGCACUGGUGGCGGCGCUCGAGCGAUUCGUGUGCGCAAGGUUCCGAUCGAGCCAGUUCGUGAUGGCUUUCUUCGCAUGGUGGAUCUUGAUCAUGAUCUACUCGUCGCUGCGCUUCGACGAUGCUAUGCACGUCGUUCCUGAGGCGCUCGCCAUGAGGGACGAGGCGCUCUAUGGGGUGGUGUGGCAGACGAAGGUCGAGCGACAGAAGAAAGGGACCCACUUCGCGGUAGCCAAGGUCUCGGCCUCGGGCGAAGAGUGGAUGGAAGAUGGAUGGAGCGCGGCCUCGUUCGAGAUGGACGAUCGGGACUACUUCAUGAAGGAGCUCGAGUAUGUGCUCACGACGGCGGCUUCGGAUGGUUUGAAGAGAGGGCAUAUCUCCCCGCCGGAUCUCAAGCAGUUCUUGCAGCUCAUACAGGAGAUCACCUGGCACUCGUGCCGUGUGACGCUGCUCGCGGCUGCGGUCCAGGCCCAGGAGCCGGACAAGGAGAUCGGGCUCCAGGCUAACUGGAACGACCCCAGCCAGUUGGUCCUGAAGUACGCUCGGAGCCGCAAGGAGAUCUCGAUCGAGAUGGUCAAGACGCUCACGAAGCGGAUCUCGUCGGACUGGAAGUCUCCGCCCGAGUUCGGGGCCGAGGACUCCAAUCUG